AUGCGUUUGGACAACAAGACUGCUCUGAUCACCGGCGCGAGCCGCAACAUCGGCGCCGAAAUCGCGCGUACCUUCGCCCGCGAGGGCGCCAACCUGAUCCUGAACACCCGACAGUCCGCCGAGGAACUGGAGGCGGUGGCGGCCGAGUGCCGCGAACUGGGCGCCCAGACUCAUACCGUGAUCGGUGACGUGGCCGAUCCGGACCGCGUUGCUGACAUGGUUGCCGAGGGCAUUGACGCCCUGGGAACGGUGGACGUGCUGGUGAGCAACGUGGCGGUGCGCCCCCACAAACCCAUCCUGGAAGUGACGGUGCAGGAGUGGCAGAGCGUGAUGGCCACCAACCUGCACUCCGCGUUCUACCUGAUUCACGCCGUCCUGCCGGGGAUGAUCGAGCAACGGUCCGGCAGCAUCAUCGGGCUGGGCGGACAGUCGGCCAUCACCGGCCGGCCCGAAACAGCGAUUGUGACCACCGCGAAGACCGGAUUGCUCGGGCUGAUCCGCGCCGUGGCCGCCGAGUGCGCCCAGUACGGGGUGCGCGCCAACCUGGUCAACCCGGGCUCCACCGACACGGCACGCGCCCACCCCGAGUGGUAUCCGGAGUUCCAGGGAGUGGAUCGCAACUCCAACGAGCACCUGCAAUCGAUACCGCUGGGACGUCAGGGCACCGUGCAGGACAUCGCCAACGCCUGCCUCUUCUACGCCAGCGACGAAUCGUCGUACAUCACCGGCGACCGCAUGAACGUGGUGGGUGGACGCUACAUCGUGUAG